UAGCCUUCCUUCGCCUACUGGGGCCAACCUGCAGGACUCUUACUAGCCGCCAGGAGACUAAGACCUAAAAAGAGACGGAUACCCAAGGUCACAUCGCUCGUGGGCGCACACCGGCAGUUCCAGGGCCUCCCAUCGCCUGCACAGGACUGCCCGGGCAACAUUUCCACGCUGCUGGGACUCCGCCUGUCUUUUCAGCCCUCCCCACCCCGUCCCGCAUGCAGACCCUGCAGUGCCCAGGGGUAGCGAGGCCACAGACUAGCGUCGUUCAGCGCACCCGGCGCUCCGACCGCCCUCCCCACGGCUAGGUCCCUCAGUCCCCUCCUCUGACCCCUCCCGUUCCUUCCUAGGCCUCUUCUGCUCCUCAACCUAGGGCUACAGCACUCGAUCCUGUUUCUGAUUCUUCUCUGUCCCCAAGUCCAGCCUCUCCAGUCACCCUGGUCGCCUCCUCCCGGAUCCCGCCACCUCUCUGCGUACCGGGUGACGCAGCACCGCCUCCCGCUCCCGCCUCCCCGCGCCACCGCCGGGCAGACUGCAGGGGCCGCUAACGGUCCCGCGCCCCCCGGCGUCCGCGCGCCCCGCGCCCGGCGGACGAGGCCGCGCCGGCGGCGAUGGGCGCAAUGGGGGCGGCGGAGCCGCUGCAAUCGGUGCUGUGGGUGAAGCAGCAACGCUGUGCCGUCAGCUUGGAGCCCGCGCGGGCUCUGCUACGCUGGUGGCGGAGCCCGGAGCCCGGGCCCUCGGCGCCCGAUCCCGAUGCCUACUCGGUACCAGUGUCAGAGAUCAUCGCCGUUGAGGAAAAAGAAGUCCACCAGAAACAGUCCUCCAAUGGCCGAUGGCAUAGAAUGGAAAAUCCGUUUGCAUUCACAGUCCACUGUGUGAAGCGAGCUCGACACCACCGCUGGAAGUGGGCACGGGUGACCUUCUGGAGCGCCGACGAGCAGCUGUGUCAACUGUGGCUGCAGACCCUCCGCGAGCUGCUGGAGAACCUGACUUCAAGACCGAAGCAUUUGCUGGUAUUUAUCAACCCUUUCGGAGGGAAAGGCCAGGGCAAGCACAUCUAUGAAAAAAAAGUGGCACCUUUGUUCACCUUGGCUUCCAUCACCACUGAGAUCAUCAUUACUGAGCAUGCCAAUCAAGCCAAGGACACUUUAUACGAGAUCAACACAGACAGCUAUGACGGCAUCGUGUGUGUUGGUGGGGACGGCAUGUUCAGCGAGGUGCUGCACGGGGUAAUUGGGAAGACGCAGCAGAGAGCUGGUGUUGACCCCAAUCACCCCCGAGCCGUGCUGGUGCCCAGUACCCUAAGGAUCGGCAUCAUCCCGGCAGGGUCCACAGAUUGUGUGUGCUACUCAACGGUGGGCACAAACGACGCAGAGACGUCAGCUUUACACAUCAUUAUUGGGGACUCACUGGCUAUAGAUGUGUCCUCCGUGCACCACAAUAGCACGCUACUGCGGUACUCGGUCUCUCUGCUGGGCUACGGUUUCUACGGGGACUUAAUCAAGGACAGUGAAAAGAAACGGUGGAUGGGCCUCGUCCGGUAUGAUUUCUCAGGGUUGAAGGCCUUUCUCUCCCAUCAGUACUAUGAAGGGACAGUGUCUUUCCUCCCAGCCCAGCACACAGUGGGAUCUCCACGAGACCAGAAACCCUGCCGGGCUGGGUGCUCCGUGUGCAGGCAGAGCAAGCGGCAGCUGGAAGAGGAACAGAAGAAAGCCCUGUAUGGCCUGGAGAACGCUGAGGAAGUGGAAGAGUGGCAAGUGGUAUGUGGGAAGUUCCUGGCUAUCAACUCCACCAACAUGUCCUGUGCUUGUCCCCGGAGCCCUGGAGGCCUGUCCCCAUUUGCCCAUCUGGGAGAUGGGUCUUCUGACCUCAUCCUUAUCCGGAAAUGCUCCAGGUUCAACUUCCUGAGAUUCCUCAUCCGGCACACCAACCAGGAGGAUCAGUUUGACUUCACUUUUGUUGAAGUUUAUCGAGUCAAGAAAUUCCAGUUCAUAUCAAAGCACGUGGAAGAUGAUGACAAUGACUUGAAGGAACUAGAGAAGCAGAAGUUUGGGCAGAUCUGCAAGGACAACCCCCCUUGCACCUACCCAACCUCCAGAAGCUCCUGGAACUGUGAUGGGGAAGUCCUGCACAGCCCCGCCAUUGAGGUCAGGGUCCACUGCCAGCUGGUGCGCCUCUUUGCUCGGGGGAUCGAAGAAGAGUCCUAAGGAAGAAUCCCAAAGCCCAGGAGCUUUGGGAAGUGUGAAUAUUACUUAAGAAAAUUUCGACUGACCAAUUAUGUUGACAUAUCCACUUGAAUUUAGAAAUUUAUUUUUGAUAGGUAAAUCUUGGUUUUUAGAAAAGACAGCUUUGUCAACAGUUCUGUAUACAUACCCGGCAUCCUCGGCUCUGCGCGCAUCCACGUCGUUUUUCACUCGUUCUCUGCAAACGCACUCGCUGGUUUGGGGCACUGGCUUCCUAGAUUUCAGCCAUGCCGACCAGGCGAAUUUCAAGACGGCCCUUUAGUGGUUACACUGCAAUAAUUUUAGGGACAUCAUGACAUGACUCCGUCCCAGGAAUCAGGUUACACCAUCUGGACACACGGGUAAUGACCCGGUCACUCUGACCCCUCUGGUGAGACUUUCUCUGGAGUCAUCCAUGACCAGGUUUGGGAAGGCAGACGGCUGUCUUUGCCUUCACUUUACGCCCACCCUCAUUUAUGAUCGGGAUGAGUCGCUAUGCAGCCCUUGCCGUGCACCGCAAACCGUAACUCAGCGAGGUCGUCUGCCCAGCCACACCUGCAGAACAGGGCCACGUCACUUCGAGGAGACGCCCAGGGCGAUGUCUCAUCCUCAGGAUCCCCACAUCUGCUGCGUUCAUAGCUGCGUCCUGUGAGACAAUCCAGCAAAGCACCCACUUGGAAGCUUUAUUCCGUCAGCCUUAGUAGCCUGCACGCCCUGGCCAGGGCAGUCCGCGAAGCACUGGCUAAGAGGAGGCUCUAUUUGGAAUCAAAACACUUUCAUAGCUGGGUUUGUGGGGAAGGCAGUGCAACUGGCACACACAGAGAGUACUUUGUGAGUUCAAUACCACCCUCAACCCGACUGUCACCAGCGGGAUGGUAGGUGAUCUCAGGUCACCCCUCCCCCCAAGUACUUUGGUGCAAACUUUAUGUCUAUUCCUGGGUCUACGUCCAUUCUUCCCACACCGUGGAUUCUGCUCCAUGUACUUAUUUCACCGCUUUCUCCCUGUCCAUCAAGAACUAUGUCCAACACAAUCCACUACUUGGCAAUUUGCUCUCUCUCUCCACAAGGGGGCGCGAGCUGCUCUGGCUGAAGCCCUGGGCUCAUGACCAGUUUUCCUCUGAAGGCAUUCCUGACCCAGGGGCUUCUCAGCCACACGCUAUGGCCUCUGCUGUGUCUCGAGACGGACGCAAUCUGAAAUGAGUGUAAAAGGGUUUUAUGUGAAAUUCAAGACUACGCAGCUUAAUCUUGACUUGCAAAUGGGGGAAGGGCACUGACUGUUACAAGAGUAGGUUUUAGGUUCUGCAUUGGGGAAAGCGUGCGUCCCAGCGGGUCCUGUUAUUCUUCCACAGAGUUCUGCAGGCUGCACCUCUUUCUAGGUGCUCUUGGACUGACUUAUAUUUUGAGGCAUACAGGAAAUCCUUCUGCUUAGUAUUCAGUCCCAUCCAGACAGAAGAGCAGCUGCAAAGGCGGCCAUGUUAAGGGACCACUUUAAAGGCAACCUUUAAAGGCGGUGCUAUUCAAUGAUUGCUUGUCGAGUGGAAAGCUGGCUAGAAAGAAUAAAUGCACCUAGCAAUUUCUAUCUAGAUCUGUCCCUGGAUGGACAGAACCCAAAUGUGUCAGACUAGCAGCUCUGUGAGUAGGUAGGCAGCUCUGAAGCAUCGUGAGAAAAGCUGCUCGGUUGGUCACCUCGACAUGCCCACUCACCCCUGGCAUUGGAGAGGGGGCUCAGGGCCCGAGGCAGCUGUGGGUGCCCCUGGAUCUCAGGAACUGCACUCUCCUCCAAGGAUUCAGAUCUUCAUUGGCCUUGCUACCUGAUACCCAUGCCCUGUCCACCCCCUGCCACUGCCAGUUCUGGAGGAGAGAGGCAGACAGAGGGUGCUUUGAUGGUGCUUUGCACUGCAUCCGGGAUCUCAAACCUUGGCGCUAUCACGGGGCAUCAUGAGUGUCCGACACUCAGGACCUUUGACACGGGUGUGCAGGAUGGGCGGGGGCCCCUGACAUUCCCAAGCAGUAGACAGUCUCCAUGAUGCUUCUUAGAUGCAAUACCCCAACCUCCCCGGGUCUUAGGUAUUUUAGGAGAUAAAACAAAAAAACAAAAAAACAGGAGUUUAGACAGUGGCCACAUAGGAUCCUGUAGGGGGUGUGGUCCAUGUUUUAACUCCCUCUGUAGCCCACCGGUGCACAACAGUUAGGCAGCAGUCCUACGAGGUAACUUAUUCUUGUUUAUGGAAACUAAGCAGCAGAACAAGGAGCAGGUGGUUUCCCAGAGGAUGUUUCAGUCCUCCAUGCAAUCUCCUGGAGCCGGGAGCACUGACUGGGAGCACUGACACGAGAAUGGCCCAAUAUGCCUCCCGGUCUUGCUGGCUUCAAGAUUAGGAAGUGGCAUAUUUAAUCUGAUAUGUUUGAGAAAACAAAAAAUAAAGUUACUUUGGGCAGAA